AUGGCCUCUGAAGGCACUGAUGAUUCAGAAACUCAAUCCAGUCACUCCACUAAUUCAGUGACUUGUAAUGAGGUCGUGGCUGUUCAACAAAGUGGAGAUGAUGAACAGAAUCAACAAAGUGCAGAAAUUCAAACACCAUCUCGAGCUUCGAAAACUAAAGGGAAGAAGAAGUUUGAACCUACGAAGAACACAAACAGAAAGAGGGAUAAGAAGGCCAAGAAGGAGAAGUCCGAAGUGUGGGAGCAUUUCACCAAAUUUGACAAGCCUUUACUGGAGGUUGUGGAUGGAAAGGAAAUUGUAGUCGGCAGUACAAAGCGAGCACAAUGUAAGUAUUAUUGCUCCACUCAUUUAGCCUGUGAUUCUAGGGAAAAUGGGACUAGUUCCCUUAGGAAGCAUAUUGAGCUAGUUUGCAAAGGGUACCCCGAUAGGAAUAACCUAGAAGAGAGUCAACAAAUAUUAACCAGUGAUGUAUUUGAUCAGAAAUGCUCUUUAGUUUCUAGGCAGUGGUCAGAAGAUGCAUGUCUAGAUGCUACAUGUGUUAUGAUUGUGUUGGAUGAACUGCCUUUCAGUUGA